UUCAAGGACCUCAGAGGGUCCUUGGACUUCGGGGCGCUGUCUUUUUCUACUUGUUACACCCACUUUUACAGCUUCCCCGCUUCACCAAACUCUUUACUCCAAUGACGAAGUGAUUGAAAAACAAGUAUUUGGUAAACUCGAAACGUAAGUGGAGAGAUCGAUGCUGCGUUCAAGACCAGACGUGCUAAAAGUUUCAAGGGAAAUUAUUUAAGGAUGCACCGGUUAAUGUCUCCCGAUUUAAGCCUGCUUGUGUUUUUUCAUUGCUGUUUAACAGCAGCUUUUACACUGGAAACCAGGACAGUUGCAUAUGAGACAUCUUAUGAGUACAUUGCUGAUGAGCUGCCAUGGGACAGUGCAAGAGAACGGUGUUACCAGCGAUCUGGGUCCUUAGCCAGUGUCUCUACUCCGGUUGAGAACCAAGAGAUAAACAACUUCUUAACGUCCUUGAACGUUUCUGAAGCUGCGUGGAUUGGCCAGAAAUUCACCACUCAUCUUCAAAGUUCAUCUGAGACUUUGAUUCUGGAGUUCACUGGGCGCUCAGACCGGAAGAAUGCCCGUCUUCUUCUCAAGUUUCCUUCCUUGGACGCAGUGACUGUUUGCGCCUAUUUACGCUUCGACCCUAACUGCUACGGAAUUUCCACCAUCUUUUCUUAUUCCAUCCAGUCCCGUAUUAAUGAGUUCCAGCUCCGUGCGAACCUGGUCCAAGGAAAGCCUGUUCAGCUGGCUCUGUUAGUGCACGGUAUUCAUGGUGCUUACCAAGAAGUCUUCAACCACGACGGCUCCUGGCACUGGACUUGCGUUUCUUGGAAGCAGAAUGGUGGACGCUGGACACUAUUAACUGAUGGCCGCAUGGUCUACACUGGGGAUGGCUUGAACUCUUCUGACAGCAUUGGGCCAGAUGGACUUUUUAUUAUCGGCCAGGAGCAGGACACCUUUGGGGGCUCAUUUAAGAAGGAUGAGUCAUUCUCAGGAAGCGUCACCGAGCUCCACAUAUGGGAUCGUGUACUGAGUAGAAGUGAAAUGGACACUAUGGAAAAGGAGUGUUCACCAGCGACAUCUGGGCUGAUUUUCAAGUGGAGCGGAGCAUCCGUGGAAGUAGAGUCCUCCCUUACAAAGCUGUGGGGAAGCAGCCCAUGUAAAGGUAACAUCUCCGCCUUUGAUCACGCAUUUUUGGACUCCAUCUUGGAGGGGAAUGCCUUGCAGACGUUCUCUGUGACGUUUGUCGACAGCACUCCGCCUGGGGAAGAAUGUGGUGUUUUUGACCCUGCUACCGGGAGUGUGAGCCUGGAGAAGUGUGACUCUUACAGAGGAGCUGUCUGCCAGUUUAAGAAAGAAGUGCUGGAUGCUGGAAGUUUCCCAAAGACAGCAUUCUUCAGAAUAUUGGUACUGGAACACUUAGCCAAACCUGAGCAGAGUACCUACUGGGACAGUGACCUGGCUUUCCUGCAUCAGUUGACCCAGGCUGCCCUGCACAUCGUGGAGACCGGUGGCCCGAAUGUCCUCACAUCAAGUGAUGUCCACUUCCUGUCUCAAAAGAUGGAGAUGGAGUUGUCGGCGCUGGCGAGUGGCCACACGGACAGAGCGGAUGCAGCAGAGGCAAUGGUGUCCAUAGCCACAGAUUAUGUAAAGAUGGCAAGUGUGAUGCUAGAGCCGCACGUGGCUCAACAGUGGAUGGGCCUAACAGACGAUGGGAUCAGCGUGGGGCCGUUUACUCUUGUCAAUAGCAUUGACAACCUCACUGAAACUCUGGCAGACAUGCUGUUUGCUGAGGGAAGAGGCUUCUCACUUUCUACCAAGAAUAUAGAUGUGUUCAUCAGAAGCCACAAGCUGUCUCAAGAAAGCUGCUGUCAGUCAUUUAAACCAUCCGACCUCGGCAUGAGGGGAAAUGAUCAGGAUGAGCUGCUUAUCCCAGACUCAGAGCUGCAGAGGAUUCAGAAACUGGGACAUAAGGAUGUGAUGUUUAUUCACACUCACUACAGCCAUCUGAAUGAGGUUUUAUCUGCUACGCCAGAGCCAUCUCUCAGUGAACAAGAGAAAGUGAAAAGAACCGUGCCUGGUCACCUGGCUUCUGCUGUCAUAUCUGCUACUGUCCGUGAUGCGUCCAAGGCCCAAACAAUCCCUGUUGCUGUCAAGUACAAGCUGGGCUUAUCACAUGUGAUGGAGAAUGCACAGAGAUUUACCCCAGUGUGCGCCUUCUGGAAUUUCAGCCUCAUGGAUAGCCAUACCAGUGGCUGGUCCAGUGAAGGCUGCAGCGUGAUUGUUGCUGGAUCUGGUGUCACUUCCUGUCAGUGCAACCAUACGACAAACUUUGCAGUGUUGAUGAAUUACUUCAAACCAAAGUGGAGUCCCGAGGAAGAGCUUGUUUUGACCAAGCUGACGUUCAUCGGCUCUGGUGCAUCUUUGUGCGCUCUGGUGGUGACCUUGAUGCUGUUCACCGUGUUGGACAUCCCUCGGUCUGACAGGACGUCCAUCCAUAAGAACUUGUUCAUCGCUCUGAUCUGCGCUCAAGUCAUUCUGCUGUGCAGCGGCUCGGCCAUUCACAACAAGGUGGCGUGCACGCUCGUGGCAGCUUUGCUCCAUCUCUUCUUCAUGGCUGCCUUCAGCUGGAUGCUGGUGGAGGGUCUGCUGCUUUGGAGCAAGGUGGUUGCCGUCAACCUCAGCGAGGAAAGACACAUGAAGUAUUACUAUCUCAUCGGAUGGGGUCUCCCAGUGCUCAUAGUCACCAUCACACUGGCGUCAGCCUCAGGCAAAUACUUGGCGGAUGGAUAUUGUUGGCUCAGUGUCCAGAACGGCGUCAUCUGGAGUUUUGCCGGGCCUGUCAUCUUCAUCAUUAUGGUGAAUAUCAUGGUGCUGACGAGGGUGGUGGUCAUCACGAUAUCCACGGCCAAAAGGAGAUCCAUUAUGUUGCAGAUGGGGGCCAGCCCGGUGGAGCAAGCCUACGAGCAAGUGAGGGCUGCUGUGAAAGCAGUUCUAGUUUUGCUGCCCAUCCUCGGGUUGACGUGGCUUUGUGGGGUCCUGGUCCCGUUUUCCAUCGUCAUGGCCUACAUCUUCAUCCUCCUCAAUUCCCUACAGGGCCUGUUCAUCUUCCUGAUAUAUGGGGUGUACAACACAGAGGUUCGGAGCACGGUCAACAGGAUCAAGGAGAGGAGGAAAGCGCUUCAUUUUUCAAACUGUGCCAGUUCCCGGCCGUCCAGCUCCGUCACCAGCUCUCGCCCCAUCAGUUUCCCACAGGCAACAACCCCGAGCCAGGAGGAGGCAGCCGCCCCCUUUUUCCCGAACAGCAACACGCAAUGCCUGCAAAUAGAGGACGACAGUAGGACAUCUCAGCUGCCCAUUCCUUGUGCUCCAACGAGAGUCGACAACACCACCAGCCAAAGUUCCACGGGCGCUCAUCUGCAAAGGAAGGCGCCCCCCUCCUCACAAGUGGAUGCGUCACCACCUGGUUGUAGUCUCCACGUCCCCAUGGAGCUGGAGUUUACUGCUUCCUGCUUCUCAUCUUCAGCUUCAUCGUAGAAGGAUGUGCCUCCCGUGAUGAGGAGCCUUCAAAUGUCAAUUGUGAAUCUUUUUUUCUUUGUUUUACUUAAAGCAUAAACUGUGCUGUUUGGUAAUGAUGAUAUAGUCUGAGGUAUUUUGGUAAGCUGUCUUUGUGUUUGUGCUGUGCCAAAGUGUGCUGUCAUGGUACAACUGAUGUUUUCAUUUCUGUAUCAUACUGUAAUGUAUGUAACGCCCAUGUUCUUACUGCUAGUAGGAUAUUCUUUUCUUUCACGUUUUUUUUCAAUCACUGAAACUGUAUCCAUAAAGUGAAUGCUAGCAUGUCAUAUAUGAUAUCACAGAACAGUGUUUCCCACCCAGACGGUAAUGACCAUCCAUCCAUCCAUCCAUCCAUCUUCUACCGCUUAUCCGAGGUCGGCUCACGGGGGUCAGCAGCCUAAGCAGGGAAGCCCGGACUUCCCUCUCCCCGGCCACUUUGGUCAGGAGAGGUGUUCCCAGGCCAAUUGAGAGACAUAGUCUCUCCAACGUGUCCUGGGUAUUCCCCGAGACCUCCUACCGGUCGAACGUGCCCUGAACACCUCCCCUGGGAGGCGUCCGGGAGGCAUCCGAGCCACCUCAUCAGAAAACUCAUUUCGGCCACUUGUACCCGCCAUCUUGUCCUUUGGGUCACUACCCAAAGCUCAUGACCAAAGGUGAGGGUAGGACAGUAGAUCGACCGGUAAAUUGAGAGCUUUGCCUUUCGGCCCAGCUCCCUCUUCACCACAACGGACCGAUGCAUCCACAAUCCGCCUGUCGAUCUCGCAUUCCAUCCUUCCCUCACUCGUGAACAAGACCCCGAGGUACUUAAACUCCUCCACUUGAGGCAGGAUCUCAUCCCCGACCCGGAGAUGGCACUAAACCCUUUUCCGGGCGAGAUCCACAGACUGGGACUUGGAGGUGCUGAUUCUCAUCCCAGCCGCUUCACACUCCGCUGCGAGCCAAUCCAGUGAGAGUUGAAGGUCUCGGCUCGAUGAAGCCAGCGGGACCACAUCAUCUGCAAAAAGCAGAGACCCAAUCCUGCAGCCACCAAACCGGAACCCCUCAACAUCCUGGCUGCGGCUAGAAAUUCUAUCCAUAAAAAUAAUGAACAGAAUUGUGACAAAAGGCAGCCCUGGUGGAGUCCAACCCUCACUGGAAACAGGUCCGACUUAUUGCUCACAAUGAGAACCAAACUCUGACAUGCAGGAAACAAACAGCCUGAAUUAGGUCAUCCGGCGCCCCAAAUUCCCGGGGUAAUGACAUAAUUGUCAAAUUUGCAUAAUUGGCCAUGACACAUUUGCAAAACGUCAGUAAAAACAUGGAAGCAAACCAAAUAUGUUUCUAUCUCCAUAUGAUCUUUUUUCCGUUGCUUCUUGUUGUCAUGUAUCUCAGUGUCACAGGCAAGAGGGGCGGCACCACCCACAGCGGCAUCCGCUGCUCGUUGAGAAGAGAAACAUGUUCUUUCAGAUCCCGCAGGUGUGUUGUAAUGUGUUUAUGAGCGAGGGCAAACCGGUUUGUGGCAGUCCAAAUGUAAAAACCGCAUAGAUAAAAUGUAUAAAAUAAAUAAUAGUCAUCAGUAUAGAAGUUAAUCAAGUUAUUAAUCAUUAUUUAUUAUAAUCAAAAAAUGAAAAAAAUCGAUGUAAAUAUGUUUUUUGCCUGGGAGUUUCUGAGCAAAGGUGUGUUAUAACGAAUAAAAAUGGAUCUAGACAGUUCUUUGUUCAUUUGUUGAAGUCGGUGAAAAAGACUUCCAGGGUGUCCAAACUUUUUCCUGUGAGGGCCGGAUGCUGGAUAAUCGAAGG